UAUGGGAUAGACAGUUGUUUUUGUUGCUUGAGACUUGAGAGCGUGCUACGUGAAAAGCUCAGAGACAAAGGCAGAGUCUUUCAUAUAUCAUCAUCGAUUCAUCUAGUUUUCCCUCAUUUCUUUCUCUCUCUCUUCCAGACACUUCAAAAAUGGCCCAAAAUGAUUCGCUCUCAGACUUCCUCGCCUCUGCUGUCGAUGCAGCGAAGAAGGCUGGCGAGGUAAUUCGUAAUGGGUUCUAUCAAACCAAACAUGUGGAGCAUAAAGGCGUGGUGGAUUUGGUCACCGAAACUGAUAAGGCAUGUGAAGAUCUCAUAUUCAGUCAUCUCAAGCAGCUUUACCCCACACAUAAGUUCAUUGGUGAAGAAACUACUGCUGCCUAUGGUGCUGUGGAUCUGACCGAUGAACCAACAUGGAUAGUUGACCCUCUGGAUGGAACCACUAACUUUGUCCAUGGGUUUCCUUUCGUUUGUGUUUCUAUCGGUCUUACAAUUGGAAAGGUUCCCACAGUUGGUGUUGUUUACAAUCCAAUAAUGGAUGAGCUUUUUACUGGCAUCCAUGGAAAAGGUGCUUUUCUGAAUGGAAACCCUAUAAAAGUAUCAUCUCAAACUGAACUUGUGAAGUCUCUUCUUGCAACCGAGGCUGGGACAAAACGUGAUAAGUCAACAUUGGAUGCCUCUACAAAUAGGAUUAAUAGCCUACUUUCCAAGGUGAGAUCCCUUCGAAUGACUGGCUCAUGUGCAUUAAAUCUCUGUGGAAUUGCAUGCGGAAGGCUUGACCUAUUUUUUGAACUCGGCUUUGGGGGUCCUUGGGAUGUGGCGGGUGGUGCUGUGAUUGUAACAGAAGCCGGAGGACUUGUAUAUGAUCCAUCUGGUAAAGAUUUUGACAUCACAUCCCAGCGAGUAGCAGCUUCAAACCCACACAUCAAGGAUGCAUUUGUCGAGGCUUUGCAGCAAUCAGAAUGAGAAAACACAUUUUGAUCAUUGAAAUCAGGAAUGCAGUUUAUUCAAUAUAGUUUAGUUUGAUUCCCAUAUUCCAAAAAGCAUCAACGGUUGGCAUUUAUAAUUCCUUCAUGUCCCAUCUGCUGAGAGAUGGUUGAUAAAUUCAAUGAUUCCUCAAAUUCUCCUGUGGCUUUACAGUACCAAAUUAUUUGUGGAAUCAGUUGAUAUGGCAACUCACAUAGUUAUAUAAAUUUGCUUUAAAUUAUUUCGUGUACCAUGAGAGUUAUUAGUUUAACAUUAUAGUUACAUCCAAUUUAUAUAAGUUUCCUUCUCUU